AUGAAGAAGUUUAGAUCAAAGCUACCUCGCCGGAGACGCUCACAAAUUUCUCCUAUUCUUAGAUCAUCUCCUGCUCGGAAAGUCGAUUCUAGUUCGAUCAUUGAAUCUUCUUCCAACUUGACGCGAGAUGUAGGAUUAUCGUGCGAUUCCACCAGCAGAGUAUCGACAAACAACAAAUCGCUGAAGAAGAGAAGUUUUGCUGAUGAGUAUGGAAGCAUUGCAGGUGAGUUUCGGAGGAUUACGAGGUCUUAUAGCAAGCGGAUGGAGAUCAUGGCCGGGAAGGAUGUUGAGUUGUCGGAGUCGUCUUCGUGUGUGGAAUUGUUUAACUCGAGCUCGAAGAGCGUUGUUCGAAAAGGACCUGCGGUUUUGAAAGAUGCAAAAGCAGAGAAUGAUGAUGAAGUUUCAGUUACUGUCUGUGGAAUCGACAAUUCAGAAGUGACAACUCGAUCCGAGUGUUCAUUUUUUGUGGAAGAUAUCAAUGGAAGAGAUAAGCUGCAAGGAAAUGAAGAAACAGAUGUCGUUUCAGUUUCCUCUCGAUUAGCUUCUCCUCAAACAAAAAUGGGAACAACUUCGCACUUCAGAUUAUCAGAUAUAACAGUCAGCGAAGGUCAAUCAGCCUAUACAAACGCAAAGGACUAUGCCGUUUCAGUUGCUUCUCGUCUAAAAUCUCAACCCGACCCAAAAUCCGAAAAAAUUACUUCGUACAUCAAUAAAGCAGAAACAAAUAAAACACUCAACGAUGAUCAAGCAGAGAAUUGUGGAGAGUCAAAGCUGAUUUCAGCUGAUUUUGAUCUGACAUGUUCAGAACAUUUCUCCUGCGAAGAAGAAGAGUGUCAUUCGUCGGCCCAGUGUACGGAUGCUACUAUGGAGAGUUCAGAGAUGGAAUUUUCAUCCGACUAUACUCCGUCGACAUGGUACAAAUCUGGCAGUCAAUUUUCCGAACGAUCAGAUGGAGAUACUACUCCAUCACCUACGUUCCAAUUGUUUCUCCUCUACCGUAAAAAAUUCUGCAAAUCUGAGUUUUUUGCAAAACUCUCCUCAGCAGAUAACGACGAACCUUCUAAUAAAAUUACUAAACUGUUGAGGCCAGAAGAUGAAGAACAUGAAGAAAGCUACCAGAUGAUGAGGAAAAGGGAGAGGAGGCAAGUGUAUCUACACGACUAUGCCGAGGAAUAUUGUGGGAUGAAGGAAUAUGGGCAUUUGGUUGUAGAGCAAAGGUUGCAUAUGGUGUAUUGGAUAAUUGAGCAAUCAGCUAACAAGGACUUGCAGAAGGAAACCAUGUUCUUAGGUGUCAGCCUCUUGGACCGGUUUCUGAGCAAAGGAUACUUCAGAAACAAAAAGGAGCUUCAAAUUGCUGGGAUUGCUUGUCUCACCCUUGCAACAAGGAUAGAAGAAAACCAGCCCUUUAACAGUAUUCGACAGAAAUUAUUUAACAUAGGAAGCAAUGAAUACAGCAGAUCUGAAGUAGUGGCCAUGGAAUGGCUGGUCCAAGAAGUCCUCAACUUCCGGUGCUAUUUACCAACCAUCUACAAUUUCUUAUGGUUUUAUCUCAAAGCUGCAAGAGCCGAUCAAGAUGUGGAUAGGAUUGCAAAGUAUCUUGCAGUGCUUGCACUGCUGGGCCAUGAACAAUUGUGCUACUGGCCUUCAACUGUAGCAGCCAGUUUAGUCAUCUUAGCAUGUCUAGCAGACAACGAACAAUCAUCUCACCAACAAAUCGCAUGGAUAUAUGAUGGGUCAAACGAUAAAGAUAUACCUAACUGCAUAAAGUGUCUGGAAUGGUUGGUUAAGUACAUAUGCUAA